CGGGCGGUUCGGAGGCGGGGCAGGUGGGGGCGGGCCCAGGUAGCAGGUUCGGCUGAGCGGGGGCCGCGCGCCUGAGGCACUUUGAAUUGCUGUCUUUUUACAGCAUGGACAGCAGGUUGCUAACAACUUGCCUUGGGACUUCCAGAGAGUUCACUUUUUGGGAUUUUAUGACAAAUUUGCUAGUGGUUCCUUUUUGUGAGUUGAUGUUCUGAAGUUACUGUCACAAUGAGUUCAGGCCUAUGGAGCCAAGAGAAAGUUACUUCACCCUACUGGGAAGAACGGAUUUUUUAUCUCCUUCUUCAAGAAUGCAGUGUAACAGACAAACAGACACAGAAACUCCUAAAAGUGCCCAAAGGAAGUAUAGGACAGUACAUCCAAGACCGUUCUGUAGGGCAUUCAAGAGUUCCUUCCGCAAAAGGCAAGAAAAAUCAGAUUGGAUUAAAAAUCUUAGAGCAACCGCAUGCAGUUCUGUUUGUUGAUGAAAAGGAUGUUGUAGAAAUCAACGAGAAAUUCACAGAGUUACUGUUGGCAAUUACCAACUGUGAGGAGAGGCUCAGCCUAUUUAGAAACAGAAUCCGACUAAGUAAAGGCCUCCAGGUAGACGUGGGCAGCCCUGUGAAAGUACAGCUGCGAUCUGGGGAAGAGAAAUUUCCAGGAGUUGUGCGCUUCAGAGGACCUUUAUUAGCUGAGAGGACAGUGUCGGGGAUUUUCUUUGGAGUAGAAUUGCUGGAAGAAGGUCGUGGCCAAGGUUUCACUGAUGGAGUAUAUCAAGGGAAGCAGCUUUUUCAGUGUGAUGAAGACUGUGGUGUGUUUGUUGCACUGGACAAACUGGAACUCCUAGAAGAUGAUGAUAAUGGAUUGGAAAGUGAUUUUGCAGGCCCAGGGGAUACAAUGCAGGUUGAGCCUCCUCCUUUGGAAAUAAACUCCAGAGUGUCUUUGAAGGUUGGAGAAAGCAUAGAAUCUGGAACAGUAAUAUUCUGUGAUGUUUUGCCAGGAAAAGAGAGUCUAGGAUAUUUUGUUGGUGUGGACAUGGAUAACCCGAUUGGUAACUGGGAUGGAAGGUUUGAUGGAGUACAGCUUUGUAGCUUUGCAAGUGUUGAAAGUACAGUUCUUCUGCACAUCAAUGACAUCAUCCCAGCUUUAUCAGAUAGCAUGACACAGGAAAGGAGACCUCCCAAACUAGCCUUUAUGUCAAGAGGUGUUGGUGACAAAGGUUCAUCUAGUCAUAAUAAACCAAAGGUUACAGGAUCUACCUCAGACCCUGGAAGUAGAAGCAGAUCUGAAUUAUUUUAUACCUUAAAUGGGUCAUCUGUUGACUCACAACAACAAUCCAAAUCUAAAAAUCCAUGGUACAUUGAUGAAGAAGACCCUGCAAAGUCACUUACAGAGCUGUCUCCAGACUUUGGACAUUCAUCAUCUCCACCGCAACCUCCUUCCAUGAACUCCUUAUCCAGCGAGAACAGAUUUCACUCUUUACCCUUCAGCCUGACAAAGAUGCCUAAUACCAAUGGCAGCAUUGCUCAUAGCCCACUUUCAUUGUCAGUGCAGUCUGUGAUGGGGGAGCUGAACAGCACACCUGUCCAGGAGAGUCCACCCUUGCCCAUCUCUUCUGGUAAUGCACACGGUCUAGAGGUGGGCUCACUAGCUGAAGUGAAAGAGAACCCCCCAUUCUAUGGGGUUAUCCGUUGGAUUGGACAGCCACCAGGCCUCAGUGACGUGCUAGCUGGACUAGAACUGGAAGAUGAAUGUGCAGGCUGUACGGACGGAACUUUCAGGGGCACUCGUUACUUCACCUGCGCCCUGAAGAAGGCGCUGUUCGUAAAACUGAAGAGCUGCAGACCCGACUCUAGGUUUGCGUCCUUGCAGCCUGUUUCUAAUCAGAUUGAAAGGUGUAAUUCUUUAGCAUUUGGAGGCUACUUAAGUGAAGUAGUAGAAGAAAAUACUCCACCAAAAAUGGAAAAGGAAGGUUUAGAGAUAAUGAUUGGAAAGAAGAAAGGCAUCCAGGGCCAUUACAAUUCUUGCUACUUAGACUCAACUUUAUUCUGCUUAUUUGCUUUUAGUUCUGCCCUGGACACUGUGUUACUUAGACCCAAAGAAAAGAAUGAUGUAGAGUAUUAUAGUGAGACUCAAGAGCUACUAAGGACAGAGAUAGUUAACCCUCUGAGAAUAUAUGGAUAUGUGUGUGCCACAAAAAUUAUGAAACUGAGGAAAAUACUUGAAAAAGUUGAGGCUGCAUCAGGAUUUACCUCUGAAGAAAAAGAUCCUGAAGAAUUUCUAAAUAUCCUGUUUCAUGAUAUUUUAAGGGUUGAGCCAUUGCUAAAGAUAAGAUCAGCAGGCCAAAAAGUUCAAGACUGUAACUUCUAUCAAAUUUUUAUGGAAAAAAAUGAGAAAGUUGGAGUUCCUACAAUUCAGCAGUUACUAGAAUGGUCUUUUAUCAACAGCAACCUGAAAUUUGCAGAGGCACCAUCAUGCUUGAUUAUCCAGAUGCCUCGAUUUGGAAAAGACUUCAAGCUUUUUAAAAAAAUUUUUCCUUCCCUGGAAUUAAAUAUAACAGAUUUACUUGAAGACACUCCCAGGCAAUGCCGCAUCUGUGGAGGACUUGCAAUGUAUGAGUGUAGAGAGUGCUAUGAUGACCCCGACAUCUCAGCAGGGAAGAUAAAGCAGUUUUGUAAGACCUGCAGCACUCAGGUUCACCUCCAUCCCAGGAGGUUGAAUCAUACAUAUCAUCCAGUAUCACUUCCCAAAGACCUGCCUGACUGGGACUGGAGACAUGGCUGCAUCCCCUGUCAGAAGAUGGAGUUAUUUGCUGUUCUCUGCAUAGAAACGAGCCACUAUGUUGCUUUUGUGAAGUAUGGGAAGGAUGACUCUGCCUGGCUCUUCUUUGACAGCAUGGCUGAUCGAGAUGGUGGUCAAAAUGGCUUCAACAUUCCACAAGUGACACCCUGCCCGGAAGUGGGAGAGUACUUGAAGAUGUCUCUGGAGGACCUGCACUCUUUGGAUUCCAGACGGAUUCAAGGCUGUGCACGCAGACUUCUUUGUGAUGCGUACAUGUGCAUGUACCAGAGUCCAACCAUGAGCUUGUACAAGUAACAGGUCAUCUGAAAUGGGCAGAGACCGAGCACAAAGCUUAGCGCUGUGUUUUCCUCCAGCUGCUGGUUCUGUCUGGCGCCCAUUGCCGGCAAUGGGUGUCUUAUGUGACGAUGGCCCUUCAGCAAAGGGUUCCUGUGUUUCCAAACACAUUGCUUUUGUGUUCUUGAAGUAUUUAAUAAGAAGCAUUUUGCACUCUAGGAAGUAUGUUUGUGUUGGUUUUUUAAGAAGUCUAAAUGAAGUUAUUAAUACCUGAAACUUUUAAGUUAACUGCAUUGAUGAUAUGAUAUUUUUGGAAGCAUACAAUUUUAAUUGUGACAUCUAAAACCUCUUUAAGUCGAUUUAGGAUGUAAAUAAAUAUCUCUUCUUAUGGACCAAGGAUAUGAAAUAAUUUUUCUUUUGUAGCUAUUGAUUGCCUUGAGGAAGAAAUAAUACGGUUUUAUUAAGAGUCUGCCUUUACUCCAGUUGUUGAAGGUGUGCUGAGUUUAAUUUUUAAUUUUUACUAUAUAGCGCUGAUUUCCUGCAUGUCUGUGUUUUGCUGAGUUUCUAUGUUUCUGAAGCAGUGGUCAGAACAUGCUGAAAUUCCUUUUGUGGUGUUAUUUUCUAUUUGUUCUGGUUUUGAGAUCAAUAAGUGACUUUAUUAUAAAAUGUCAAUUUUUGAUAUCAUCUUCUUGGAGGAUUAGGGUACGUAGCAAUUGGAGCAUUUCAGUCACAGUAACAACUGAUACCUAAGAGGUUUUCUAUAGGCGUUCUUAAGUAUUUAUGGAACAAGGCACAAUGAUUUAUGAAAUAACUGGAGUGGUAAAUAGAUAGUAUAUUCUUAUACAGAUACACAGUCCAGAGAAAAUAAAGUUGGCUUAAGAGACAUUACUAACAUUUUCCUGAAAAGUUAUAUUAGUAUUUAAAACUGAUUUCAAAUAAAUGAUCUUAUUUUUAAUUUAAGUGAACCUCUCUUAAUUUAAAUAAGACUGUGAUUUUGUUUGAUCAGAGAGCAUUAUAUUUACUGAUGUCAGUUUUGUUUGACUUGAGAUAAUGACUAUUACAUCAGUGUAUAACUGGAAUGUUAGUGACAGAUUUAUCUUCCUGGCUGAAGAAGUAGAAGGUAGAUAUCAUCUUAGAACUUCUUGUAGUAUGUGUAUAGACCAUAGUGAAUGCUCUAUACUGGAACUGUCAAGUAUACAAGCCAGAACUAUGGGGUGUUUGUUGUCUGAGUGUUGUUUUGUGGUAUGACUGUCUUUCUGGAAUAAUGUCUGAACCCUACAAAAAGACAGAGAAGUUGUUUAUGUGUAGCAUAUGGCUUUAUAAAAUAUUUAAUGUCAAAAGAGAGUCUUUAUAAAUCUUAUUGUUAUUUUAAAGGCACUUUACUCCUUGGUUUUAUUAUUCCAUUUUGCUAGUGUGUAUUAGCUUUAUAAGUCUUAAGGCACAGAAGCUCUUCUGUCGUGUAAUCUUUGUACUUUUGCAAUAGAAAAGUACAUAAAUUCUGCACAGACUUUUGUAUAGCUGAAUGCCUAGGCUUGGUGGUGAGGCCGUGACUAGAUGCUAGUGAAGACCUCCAGCUCUGUGCUGGCCUUGCCUCCAUCACCUUGGGACGGGUGAGAAUGGUGAGUGCCGGGUCUGAGGCUUACAUGCUGACCACCCAGAGUCCAGGCACCCUGUAAUAAGUAUGGAUUGAAUGAGUUCAUUAGUGGGACUUUGAAAGGUUUAGCUGAGGAAUGAUCAGGAAUCUGUAUAUAGGCAAGACUGGUUUAACAGUGAAAGAGGGGUGAGGGAAAGCAUUUUUUUUUUAAAUUGUAGAAAUGGAGGCAAAAAUUCAUGUUGAGAGAGACCAGCUAUUGGCUUUCAGAGCAGAGGAGUGAAAUCUUGUUUGACAGUGACUCCAAGGUUGGGGUGACACUUUGUGAGUGGGCAUGAUCGUGUCCACAGGCAAAUCCUAGCAAGGUUUUCUCAAAGGAAUACUUUGUGUUCUUUAGCAGUAGUGGGUGGGUGAGGCACACAGUGGCUGGAGAGGCCUGAGGACCACAUGCCAGUAGGAGCAUUCCCUCAUGCUUUCUCAUCCUUCUGGUAGUCCCUCCUUAUUUCUGGUCCCAGCAGAGCCUAGUUUGCUGUGGGGGUAAUAGGGCUGAACUAUGUGAUGUAGAUGUGUGCUUGUUGAUUAAUUUUUAAUCUUAGGUUUUCUGUGCUGCUUUCCUAUUGCCUUUUAAAAUGUUUUGAUUAUCAUUUUUCCUUAUCAAGAUGAUAGUAUAGUGGGAUCAUCUUACUUACAACAUGGUUUAUGAUCCAUAGCUACAAAUAGAAAAUAUAAGAAUUCAUAUUUCUCUACCUUGAAGUAAAUCUGUAUAUGUGUGUGAAGACUCAGGGGGAUGCAGGGGAAGAGGGGAGAGGCACCUUUUAAUACAUUAGCUAAAUAUCUAGUCCCUCACUGCCAGCUUCAUAAAGAAUCCAACUCAAGUCACAAAAUAAUGUUUCUAAGGUGGGGGAAAUGCUUUGAAAAACAGAACUAGGUAUCUGUGUAGUGCAGUUGUUGGUAGUUGCUAUGCAUUUUAUCCUCAGAGUAGCUUAGAGUUUUUUAUUAUAUGUUUGCCAAAUGCUUAGGUAAAUGGCCAGGCUCCUCUUACCUCUGAUCAUGUCUUUUUCUUAUAUCCUCUCUCAAGCACAGAGGGGGACAAAGGAUUGACUCUGAUAAGCUUGUCAGUUCUUUGGUUGUCUUAAUGUGGCAUUUCCAUAAAUCCAGGAAAAGCAGCACUCCUGGCUGGAUUACAGUAAGCAGCUGUACAAUAUUAUAUCUGUUUGCAUUAUCCUAUACUGAGGCAGGAGUACAAAACACAGUAUUUGGCCUUGGUGAGCAAUUGCCAACAAGUAUUUAUUGGACAUCUAUUCAGUGGCUAGGAUAUGGCCUGGGGCCUAUGAGACCUCUGCCUGUUCUCAUACAGCUUACUGCCCAAGUUCAACACCAGAGCAUCUGUUGAUGAUUUCUUAGCCUCAGUGUGGGUGGCAGGCCUAUCUAGGGACCAGUUUGGGAGCAAUGUAGUGUGGCAGGGAAGUAGAGGACGAAGGAACAAAAAGCCUCGGUCCUUUCUCCAUCACUCACCCUGUAGCCAGACAACACCUUGACUUUCUGAGCUUUAGUUUCUUGCUCUAUAUGAUGAAGGGGUUGAACUAUAUAGUUGAAUAGGGGAAAAUGGAGCAAAUUGUCAAGGUUCAGGUCAUGCCUAAUGGAUCUUAUUUCCUGCCGGAGGUAGGAAAUUUCCACUCAGAAGCUCAGCAACAGAACCCAGUGGCCAGUGGGUAUUAAAUCAAAAGGUUGGAAGGCUUCAAAGACCCCUUUCUCUUUUUGUUACUGUGUGAUCAAACAAUGCUAUUGUCUGUAGCAAUUAUUCUGUGUAAGUGUAAAGAAGUGGGUAUUGACUAUGUAUUUAUCUGUGUUUACAUAUGAACUUAUUAUAUAAUAAGUGCAUUUGGUAUGUGUACCUCAGCCCUCUAUUCCUAGAGGGAUUGGCAGUCUUUGGAAUAUACAUAAGUCUUAGAGGAUAUUUGAUGGUACUUGCUUGGGUAUUUCCUUCCACCUAAUUUCUAUAGAAAUAGAUGCUCUAGGAGCCAAAGAAAUAGACAGAAUUCUCAUGUUGAAGGGAAAAAUCACUGAUUUUGACUACUUAAUAAUGAAAAACAUUUAAAUUCAUGGGAACAUUUUGCCUGCAACCUCCCCCCCCCACACCACCAGAUAACAGGUCAUCGUGUGUAAACAGGAUACCCUUCUUAGAGUAGGUAGGGUCAUGAUACCUGUGAUUAAAAAAUACUGCUCUCCCUGGGCAGCACCAUCCCCAGUUCACCAGUAAAGUAAGAGUUCCCUAAUGCAGCUGGGGUGGGUGGAGAAGAGGAUGCUACGGUGGAAGCUAGCGAACAAAAAGGGUUGGAGGAGGCAGUGAGCAGCCUCUCACAGCAGAUGACAGGGCUCGCCUGAAGGCAAGCUUCUGUGGCUCUGGGCCUUGGCCCUCUUGUCAAAGAUGUCCAAGCGUGGCUUCCUGUCAGGGAAUUAAGCUCCUGUGGGCUUUUGUAAGUUGUCUUAUUGGGUGGGUUUGUCUUAUUCUAAACCCUAAAGGGUUUCCCUUGAGUCCACAUGUGGUGACAGAAGCUGAGCAGCAGAGCUGGCUGGGAGUAGUGAACAGUGGGAAGUGGGGCUAAACCCUUGCUGGUGGCCUUCAAUGCCAUUGCUCAUACUCAAGAGUACCAUUGGGUCCUGACCUCUGUCCUGGCCGUGCUGACAGUUUUCUCUCGUCAUAGUUUAGUUCUCGUCUUCCUAACAGAUCUGAGGAGAAGGGCUGAGGAUGCAGGGGUUGUCCUUCCAGGCACCAUGGGCCUCCGCACAGUUCUCUGGUGACUUUCACUAGUUAUUUAUUCUAAAGGGAUUAUACUGGAGACACAACUGUUUUUGGUUUCAUAUUAUGAAAUAGCCUUGUACUGCGGAAUGUUAACUCUGGAGAGUUGUCCUCAUACCGGAAGUAUUCAUUUUAAAAAAUCCCUCUGGCACUCCCUAGGGCUGUGUGGUUAUUAUCAGGCUGACCCAAAGGAGCACAUUUUGUAUUCCAUUUCCUUUUCUGGUAUCUUGUCCAACAUGUUUUUGCCUGAAGAACAUCCUUUUGUUUAUGAAAACAUGAAUAGCAUUGCAUAAGACAGUCCCUUACUAUCAAAAUGCUCCAAUUUAGCCUUAAUUUUGUUAAAUUAGGAGACUAAUGAAGCGCUGCUGUGGAAAGAAAUGUGCUGUGUACUAUUUCUGUAUCAUUAAAAUGCAGUUUUUACGGUU